AUGUCCUGUAGCAUGGCAGGUGAAGAGGACUUCUUUUUGGAAGAAAAAAGAUUCAAGCAGUACUGUGAAGAAUUUAUUAAACAUUCACAACAGAUAGGCGAUGGUUGGGAAUGGAGAACUAGCAAGGACCUUGGUGAUGGUUAUCUUAGUAAAACACACUUGCAAGUAAGAAAUAGAAACAUCCCACCAGAUCUCAAGGAGAAAAACAAUGAUAACGUUGAACAAACGUUAUUUACACAUGUUGAAGAGUCUUUGGAUGAUUCUCAAGUAGCUGCAGUUUGUGCAACAGAAGAAGUGAUUCGCUAUGAAUAUCAUGUCUUGUACUCCAGCAGCUACCAAGUACCUGUGCUUUAUUUUAGGGCGUGCUUUUUAGAUGGAAGACCUUUAACUCUGGAUGAAAUAUGGAAAGGUGUUCAUGCAUGCUACCAGGCUCGUCUGCUGGAGGGGCCCUGGGACACUAUUACACAGCAGGAGCACCCCUUACUUGGGCAGCCGUUUUUUGUUCUGCACCCCUGCCGGACUAACGAAUUCAUGUCUUCUAUACUGACCGGUUCACGGAAACAGGACAGACACACAAAUUACAUUAUAUUGUGGCUCAGUACUGUAGGCCCAGUUGUGGGUCUAAAUCUGCCCCUGAGUUACGCAAAACUAGCACCUGAGCAGAAUACAAAUGCUGAUUGAAAGCCCUCUGAGCUGAAG